UUUGGUUUUAAAGCAUAACGUGUUAUAAAUUGCAGGAUCAGUCAUGGCUGAGGAAGCAAAGCAGACCUGCUAUGAAGGCAGUUCGGUCCAAAGCUUUCAGUUCUACCUCGAACAGUCAGGAGAGCACGAGGCCAUUCUGAAGUGUGCUCACGACAUCUUGCCUGGAGAAUUUCAAAGAAUUGCAGCAGGUAAAAGCAGCCUGGAUGUUCUUGGUGUUGGAAGUGGUGGAGGGGAGGUGGAUGCCCAGAUGCUCACUCUUCUUCAGUCUACCUUGCCGGCUGUUCCUAUCACUGCUGACAUUGUGGAGGGCAGUGCUGCUCUCACAGACAACUUCAAAGCUUUGGUAGCAAAGACGGCCACUCUUCAGAAGAUCCAGUUUGUUUGGCAUAUCAUGGGCAGUGAGGACUAUGAAAAGCAAGUCAGAGCAAAAGGAGACAUGAAGAAAUUUGACUUCAUACACAUGAUUCAGAUGAUCUACUAUGUUGAUAACCUUUCCAGUACAAUCAAGUUCUACCAAAGCCUUCUGAAGAACAAUGGCAAGCUUAUGAUCAUUGUUGAAGCAGCUGAUGGCGGCUGGGACAAACUGUGGAAGACGUUCAAGAAAGAGCUCUGCACGGGUGCCAUCACAGAAUAUCGCUCAUCAGCAGAGGUUAAAGCCUGUGUGAAGAGCCAGGGUCUGACAUAUGAGGAGCAUGUCAUCUCCAACACCUUUGACAUCACUGAGUGCUUCAAUCCAAGCAGCAAGAAUGGAGGACGUCUUCUAAAUUUCAUGACAGCACAAGAUGACUUCUACCAGUCCUUUACCCCAGAGAUCCGGACAGGCAUGUUAGACCUUCUCAGAAACAAGUGCAGCACUGAAAAGGAUGGCAGGGUUUUCUUCAACAGCAAUCUGAGCUGCAUGCUCAUUCAUGCUUAAGCAUGACCUCUAAUAGAAAGAUGCUUAAACUUUCUGAUUUCACUUAUUGCAUUAGCUUUUCCUAACCAUUUGAAUAUUUGCACAUGUGUAAGUUAGUAGUUGUCUCUCUUAAUGUACUUAUACUGCCUAAAUGCCUAAAUAAUGCCUAAAUCUUCUCUGCUGGUGUAUCAAAAAUGAUUAAUAAAACAGUUUAAAAAAAUGCUUUUUCAAGACUAAAAUCAUUGCCAAAUACAUCGUUUGUCUUAAAUUACUUAAAAUGUAAUGAGCAAACCUUUACUACCUGAAACCCAAUACUAGUUGGCUCUAGAAUUGAUUUCAUGGAUAUAUUUCUAACAUUUGUGGAAGUUUAUGUUCAUUGUGUCUGUCUAUAUAAAAGUUGACUUCAUAUAUAUUUAAAGCUAACUUAUUUGUU